AUGGACAGCUUGAAUGAUCAAGUUAUCAAGAAAAGUCCACAACUACAGGAUGAGAUAAAGCGAUUGAUUAUAGAGCUCAAAAAUGCCAUGACCUUGUCGGAAAGUGAUAAACGUCUCCUUUAUCAGACAACUUCAGCCAGAUUGGUUACAAUUAUCAACGAGUUCGAGCUUCAACCUAAGCUACUUGAGAAACAGCUUGGAUCUUACAUAAAUGACUUGUGCGCUUUGUUUCUAGAGGAUGACCUUGCGGGUGACGCUAUUGGCAAUGUCAUUUACACAUUUGCAAAAGUGUGCACAUUCAAGACUGUAGCGUUGUUUUUCUCAAGUGACGUUUAUCUUUUUGACCGUUUAAUUGAAAAGUGCAAUGAUUCAAAUGAGGCAGUUAGAUUUGUCAGCUUACUCUGGCUCUCCAAUUUGGUUCUAGUUCCGUUCCCAAUAGAGACCAUUGGGAACGAUAUCCGCAAACGGUUGGUGGAUGGGGCCCAAAUAUCAUUGACCACGUUUACCAAUAUUUCGAGAACUCAGGUUGCGGCCCUGAUAUUGUACUCAAGAUUGCUUUCCAGACCAGACUGCAAGCACUUGCUCGAUUCUUAUUUUGAAAGAGUGGUAACCACUUGGCCUAGAGCCAACUCGAGCCAAAAGUUGGGUACUUUGAUGAUUGUGAACAAACUUUUGAAACGUGUUGAGCUACUGCAGGAGCAAACCAAAGGAGUGUAUUCUUGCAUAAUUGGUGAUAUUUUAGUGUCCCAGAUUUCCAAUCUGAGUUUGAUUUACUCAAUAAAAGUGUUAUGCAAAAUAGCAGUCAAUUAUAUCAAGCAUGGACUCUUUGAAAACGUGGCUGAGGUGAUUAACAAUUUGAUAAAUGACAUACUACUAAGUGAUGUAACAUUUGAGACAAACCUUCGAUAUGCAAUGGCAAAGGCUAUGGCAGCCAUCGUUGCUCAAUUGUCUUUUGCUGCCACUAAUUACCAAAGCCAGCUAGUCCAGUUCAUUGUUGAUCUUAUAAAUACCGAUGAAACAAAUGUACCCAAGAUACACACAACUUUGUUGACUUUGGGGUACGUAUCAUUGUCCAAAAACUUGCCAAUGCCAUACCAAACAAGCUGCAUCCAACUAGCAUCAAGGUUUUUAUUCUUCAGAAUUCCCAAAGGUACAGUCAGCAUUGGAAAUCAGGUCCGAGACUCAGCUUGCUUUCUAAUAUGGUCGAUAGUUCGCAACUUGAAGCAUUCCUCGCCCUUGAUUUCUACAGUACUUGUCAACCUACUUCAAAUGUUGGUUUUUGAUGAAUUGCUAUUGAAGAGAUGCAGUGUUGCAGUGAUUCAGGAAAUUUUGGGUAGGUUAGGCAGUGAACUAGUCAAUACUGCUAACCAAGGCGAGUUUAUUGUCAAUUUUGUUUCAAAGUUGGGCCUUAUACGAUUGAACCAGAACAUUUGCUACGAUUUCAUUGAGUCAUUCUACUAUGACAUCGAUCUAAGCUUUCUUGUAGCGCCAUUAGUUGAUGUGAUCUGCGAACAAGAUGGAAAUGGGGUUUAUUUGAACAAGUUGCUUCAGCAGCCAGAGGCGAUGGAAUUAGUCCCCAAAAGUGUGAUUGAUUUCAAUGACAUUGUUUGCCGUCUCAAAGGAGCAAAUAAGUGGCAUGUUCUAUUCCAAUUGGAUGCAUUCGAAGAAGGGUAUCAACAGUUUGAUGAUUUUGUUUUUGAUGAAUCAAAACUAGACAUGAUCAAAGGAUACUUCUAUUCACUCAGGUAUAAACAGUUGACUGAAUCUGAUUGGCACAAUGUACUAAAUAUUCUGCGACAUGCUAAUCUUUUUGAAGAGUUGAAACAGGUUAUACUGAAUCAAGAUGGAAUACCUAUUCAAGAGAUAUUGCACUAUCUACCACACGAUCUCAACCUUUCACGUACCAUUUUCAAUUCUCGAAAUAUCGACGUCAGUCAGUACGAGCUGUUAUUGUCCUUGAUGAAGGACCCCCAUGUGAAUUAUGCAAUUCGUGCUAACCUAAUUGACAAUCUCGCUGCAAAUGUACCACCGUGUUUCAAGGUUCAAGAUAUUUACAGCUUAUUUGAUGAUUAUACAACCACUGAUCAAGGUGAUGUCGGAUCAAAGGUGAGAAUAGCGACGAUAAAUUUGGUCGUGAAAAAUAACCUUAUUGAUGGCACUGUCAAGCUAAAAUUGAUACGAUUGAGUGGCGAGUUGAUGGACAGGAUUAGGUAUUUGUCUUUCAAGGCGUUGACUGGGGAACUGUUCAGUUGGCGACGUUUUUUCCUCUACAAGCUCGAGUUGAAGGAGCAUCAGUGCAAGGUUGAAUUCUGGAAAGGAGUCGCUUUCACAACUGGGUCAGUUAUUGGAAACACCAAAAUCAUUAACGAGUCUUUUCGGGAAAUGUUGAGGUAUGGUCCAAACGACACGGAUUUUGAUAUAUGGCUCGCUUUUCUCAAACGACCUGAAAAAGGUGACAAGCGACAAGCAAAACUUGUAUCACUGGUUUUACAAUUGAUCCUCAAAUUGCUUGAUGCUAAUUAUCACUUUGAAUGUCCAGUGAAUUACCACAGUCUUUUUGUUAAAUGCUACAACUUGCAUAUCAAUACCAAAAAUUCAACCAGAGUUUCAGCCAUUUUGCAAAUUUUUCUCCAUAUAUCUCAACGAUGUCCACAAUUACGAUCGAGAAUUUAUGGCCGAUUUUUAUGGAUUUUGACAAAUCAUCCGUCGCAAGAACUUAAAGCGUUUGUUGGAGAGCAUAUACUUUUUGAACUAGUUGAUGGUAAAGAUUUGCUUUCCCGUUAUGAGUUACUUGACUGGUUUGAUAUUACUCAGUCAGAUUUAUUGUUUAUAAAGAGUGUACUAGAAUAG